GUGUGUUCCUGUUUUUGUCCGCGCCUGGUAAAUGGCUAUAGCUAGCAGGCUAGCUCGCUGGCAAGACGUGUAAACCGUCCCGUGGGUUACGAACUUCGUGUUUGUCGGGAACUUGUUCGGUUUCGCUUGCAAAACGCACUCGUGGCAAAUUAUUUGUCAAUCAGGUGACACUGUGGCGUGAUGUUUAUUCGCGGUGUAGUACGUGAAAUGUGCGUGGAUAGGGAAGGUGGCUGGCUGACUUGCGUGGUCUAAUUAUUUACCCUGCGUUCGGGGUAAAAGCUUUGUCGCACUUAUUGUCUGGGUGGAAACGGCAGUUGUUUUAGACGCGCUAUUAAGUGACUGGGCCAGACUGAACGGUUAGAGAGGAACUGACAACCCGGAAAAGUUAACCUUGCCUGCUAUCUUAGCUGGAUUCAAGAAAGUGGAAAAAGUUUCUUGUACUUUCCUAGAUGGACAAGUUGGGUACGUCUUUCUCAGCCGGAUUUGAAAAAUAACAUGCUUAUAUAAACGUUCUGCUGGAAGAUAGAAGAGACAGCCACGCCAAUGACACUUCAACACUUGACAAGUUGCUUUCAUUAGAGAAAGUUUGAUUCUUAGCAGAAACUCGGUCUGCUACAAUGGACGGAGAGGAAGGCAUCUCUCAAAAGACUGCUAAUGUGCACCUGGAACAUAAUGGUUCUGUGGAGAGUGACAAGAGAAAAGAGGCCAAAGGAACAUGUUUGAAAAUUGAGGGGCAAGAUGGUUAUGUAUUUAAAUCAUAUAGCAUUACCCCGCAUGCUAUUCCAGAUGCAAAAUCCUCUCACUGUCCCAUAGAUACACUGGCUAAAGACUUGUCUUCAAUAUCCUCGUCCCUCAAUGAGACACCGGAUAAUGUAUCUUCUCAGGUUGAUGGACAUUCAGUAGAUGGUCCAGAAGCAGAAGCCUGCAAUAAGCAGGCCUAUCCAAAUUCUCCAACCAUUUCAGAUCAAAACCAGAGCACUGAAACGGAUAAGGACAUUUCAGCAAAUGAAACAAGUGUACAUAUCAAAGAGGAACCAAAUGAAACGGGUGAAAGUGCUCAAGAGGAUGAAAAGUUAUCCUUUGAUGGGGCUGUAGGUCCCUUUGUCACUAAAAGCAGCAAUGAUGAUGAUUAUGGUAACUUAUUGAGUGGCUACACAAGUACUCUUUAUGAUGUUGCAAUGGAUGCUGUCACACAAAGUCUUCUGUCAUCUAUUAGAAAUCCUCUUAAUCCUAGAAAGAAGUCUCCUGCUUGGAACCAUUUUUUUAUAUCGCCUCGCGAUAGUACCAAAGCAAUUUGUAUGUACUGUAUGAAAGAGUUCAGUCGGGGUAAAAAUGAGAAAGACCUCAGCACUAGUUGUUUAAUGAGGCAUGUAAGAAGGGCUCACCCCACUGUACUUUUGCAAGACAGCGAUUCUUCAAAUACUUCAUCCAAUUCUGCCUCAUCUUUAAUACCUCCCAUUAAAUCACCAAAUAAUGGAGAUCUGGCAGCUAGCAUUAAGAAACCCCAUUUAAACAAUCACACCUCACCGUCCACCUCCUUAGCAGAAGUCACAGAUGUAGCAUCCAAAGACGCAUCACAAAAGGUCAAGCAAAAAGUAGAAAAGAUGGCCAAGGCUGACCCUGGCACUGUCCUGUCCCCACAUUCUUUUAGCAACCAUAAUGAUGACGCCAUGGACGUCGGGGCUGAUUGCUCAGGAUCAACCCAUAAGAGCUCAAGUUCACGAAGACGAUCAGCUGUGUGGAAACACUUCUAUCUGUCUCCUGCAGAUAGCUCAAAAGCAGUGUGCAUUCACUGCAUGAAUGAGUUUAGCCGGGGUAAAAAUGGGAAAGACUUGGGAACAAGCUGUCUAAUUCGCCAUAUGUGGCGGGCCCACCGAGACAUUGUUAUUGAGGAAAAUGGACAAGGUUCAACCAUACCACCACCUUAUACCACACCACCAACACUACUGUCUCUCACACAAAUGCAGGACCCGGUGGAGAUAAAAAAAGAAUCCCUCUGUACCUCAUCCUCCCCUGAAACCAUAUCAGAUGAAGUGCCCAUUGAUGACAUUGAAAAUGUGGAUUUAAAAGAGGAGAUGAAUGAUGCCACAUAUCAAUCUGGACAAGACCCUUCACACAAUGUGUCUUUUGGGCUGAAAGGUGAAAGCAUAAGCAACAUGUCAUCCUCCACAGAAGAGUCAGCUGAAGGCCCGAGCCAAACCCAAGAUCCUAGCUCAGUUUUCCAACAAAACAAAAAAAUAAUGAAAAGGGUGAAAUCAGAAGUGUGGCAUCACUUCAUUGUCUCACCCAUUGACCAGCUCAAAGCUUUGUGUCGGUACUGUCCUUGUGUCAUCAGUCGUGGCAAACGUGGGGACUUUGGCACAAGCUGUUUGAUGCGGCAUCUGAUGAGACGACAUCCGGACGUCCUCAAGAACCAAAAAAGCACAAAUGACAAAGCAGCUUCCCCUCAGUCUCACUAUACUACUCUCAGUGCAGAGGAGGACAUGUCAGUGAGUGCAACUGACAGUCCUGCUAUUGAGAAGAAGCACCCUUUACCCAUUUUUAGCAAGAAGACUUCAAAGCUGUGGAAUCACUUUUCCAUUUCUUCAGCAGACCCAACAAAAGUGGUCUGUUUGCACUGUAGCCGCACGAUAAGCAGGGGCAAAAAAACAACAAAUUUAGGCACUAGUUGUUUGUUUAGGCACAUGCAGAGGUUUCAUGGACAUGUACUUGAAAAUAAUAGUACUAUCUCAGGUGAUGUGUCAUCUGCUGAAAUUCAAGUCAAACAGGAGCUCAUGGACACUUCUACAUAUGAGGAAAGCAGUGAGAAAUUUGAUGAUUGCCACCCAGUUGCCAAAAAAAUCACCAAACUUAUUGCCGAAAUGCUUGCACUGGAUCUUCAGCCAUCAGCUGUGGUUGAGAACAUUGGUCUAAAUCGAUUACUGGAAUACCUCCAACCCCAGUAUUCUCUACCCUCUUCCUCGUACUUCACCAGCACCGCCAUCCCAGAAAUGUAUGAAAGCGUUAAAGAAGUUGUUCUGACACACCUGAAGGAGGCUGAGGGUGGAAUUAUCCAUUUCACAACAAGUAUAUGGGUAAGCAGCCAAACCCGUGAAUACCUGACUCUCAUGGCCCACUGGGUGACGUUCGAGUCAUGUGUCCGACCUCAGGGCCAGGAUUUCCACUGCUCCGCACUGCUUCGUGUCUCCCCAAUAGACUGUGAUUAUAACAUGCUAAGCAUACAGAAGCAGCUUGAAUACCUUUGGGACACCUGGAUUGCUUCCUCAGGCCUGAAGAUUGGAUUCACUGUAACUGAUAAUCAAGCCAUCGGAAGUGCACUGGAGGACAGUGGUCACACCAUCAUGCAUUGUUUUGGUCACAACAUAGACCUCAUUGUUAAUGAAGCCAUAAAGAGUCAAAGGAUGGUGCAGAACUUGCUAAGCAUUGCAAGAAAGAUCUGUGAGCGAGUACAUCGUUCGUCAAAAGCAAAGGAAAAGCUAGUAGAACUGCAAAAGGCUUAUAACUUGCCUGAAAAUCAGCUGGUCCAGGAUGUUCCCUCUAAAUGGAAGACCUCAUAUUUCAUGCUCGAAAGAUUAGUUGAGCAAAAAAAAGCCAUUGAUGAAAUGUCUUUAGAGUGCAAUUUCAGGGAACUUAUAAGCUGUGACCAGUGGGAGGUGAUGCAGUCAGUUUGCAAUGCUCUGAAGCCCUUUGAGGUAGCCUGUAGGGAGAUGAGCAAUCGCACUGCCACCCUAGGCCAGGUCAUACCACUCAUUCAUAUCCUCAACCGCAAGAUAGACAUGCUUUUUGAUGAGACUAUGGGCAUUGACAACAUGCUUAAGUAUCUUAAAGAGGCCAUGGUGACCAGAAUGUCUCCCACACUUCAUGACCCACGUUAUACAUGGGCAACCAUGCUGGACCCUCGUUAUAAGACCUCACUAUUCACUGAGGAUGAAGCGGAGCAGUGUAAGCAAGACCUCAUACAAGAACUUGAGAAGGUAUCCAUAUCUACCUCCACAGAAAUGAAACCUCCAUUGUCUAAUGGAUACAGUGAGGGCCCAGCUUCAUCUAACAGCUCCACCACAAACAAAGACAACCUGUGGGCCCUGAUGGAUGACAUUAGGCAUAAGAUUAAGCAAGAAGAGAGACCAAAGUCAUUAGAACUUGCUGUUCUGGAGUAUUUGGAAGAAGACAUACUUGACCAGAGCUGUGAUCCUUUGGAUUAUUGGAAUCUCAAAAAGUUCUUGUGGCCUGAACUUGCCAAAGUAGCCGUGCGUUAUGUGGGAUGUCCACCCAGCAUUGUACCAGCAGAGACUCUGUUCAGCACAUCGAGCAUGAAUUGUGCCCUGACUCAGUCCCGGCCAUUGUUGGAGAAUCUUGAAGGACUCUUGUUUUUAAAGGUCAAUCUUCCUUUGGUAUAUUUUCAAUACUGAGAACAUUUUUAAUGUGUGCAAGGUUGUUUCUUAGACUUUGAUGAACCUUGACCAAGGACCAAAUCACUUCUGAGAUGGCCCUUUAAGAUCUUACACUGAUAUUUAGAUUCAGAAUUCAGAGCAUAUAAUGUUAAUAAAUGCUUUGUAUGUGUACUACUGUUCAACACUUGAUAACUGGACUAUGUCUUGUACCCAGUAAAAAGUGUUUUCAGGGAGGGAGGAAGGGGGGUCCUUAGCUGUAGGAGUUGUGUUGCUGUUCACUUCUUUAUGGCCAGAUUUGUUUGGGGGGGGGGGUUCUUUUCUCCUUGUGCCUUAUAUAAACUACUUCUUCAGGUCAAAAUGCUGUAAAUAUUAUCGGAUGUGCAAACCAUGUCAGUUUUUUGACUCAAUGAUUUAUGUAAAAUAGAAACAGAUGCUGAAUACUGUUUUUGUUUAUUUGUUUUUACAUACACAUGGCCCAAAAAGAAAUGCUGUGACUGAAAUGUUUUAAUGUUUAAUUUAAUCCUUACAUUGUGAUAUUGUGGCUUACGGUACUGUCCAUUAGAAGUAGCUUUGUUUUGAACUUGUUAAAAUUUCUUAACAUUAUAUAACAUAGUGCUGUAACUUCAGGGUGAACAAUCUGUUUGAAAAUGAAUAUCUGAAGCACAAGUCUUUUUCUGGGGGAUUAAAUUAUGGGUCAAUGUUAAUGUACAUUUUAUAAAUAAUAAUUUCCAAUCAUUUGCUAAAGAGUAAGCAUUCAAACUGGAACCAUACAACUUUUGUGGUUAUUUCUUAAUAAAAGAUUUACCCUUGUUAACUGAUUCUAAUACUAUAUUUUUACAUGUUUUCAGUAUAGUGGCGUAAUACUCAUGAUGAACUGGCAGAUAUGUAAGGGACUCAGCAUUUUGAUGUGCAAAAUCAUGUUUCUGCUGUAGCUUUUGCAUUUAUAUGUUUAAACUGUAGGCAACACUGCAAUAAAUGCUCAGGUCCAUUUUGCCACAGUGCAAAAGAAGCAUUUUUCCAAAAAAAAAAAAAAAAA